GUACAGUUUAACCAGUGCAACGGUGAGACACGUUCGUCUCUAAUUACUUUUGGCUUUUGCACGAGAUUUCAGUUAUUGCUGAUGCAAUUACUGGUUGUUAAUUUUAUGACAACAAUAUUGCAGAAGCACCGAAGACUUAAACACUUUGUUGGACAUUCUUCUUUUUUGCGGAUUUUCCAUAUCAAAGUUUCACUAAAGUUCCACCUGAUUGCACCUAAUACCUCUUAUCGGUAUUUUUCAUUUUUCCAACAAUAUCGCAUAGUAUUUGUUAUCACAACCUGACACUAUUGGCUGAGUGAUAAAAAUUUGACCAUCAAAUGUGUUGCUGAAGUCAGACUUUAGUAGUGUACUGUCGAGUGAAAAGUAGCCAUAAAAUUUACAUACACUAAAAACUGUAUAAUAGUGAUUAACUGGGUGCCGUAAGAACGUUUAAAAGACACAAGUUUUUGUGAGAAUUUAUUCAGUAUCAGACAGAAAGUUUUAUAGACGGUGUUCAAUUGUUCAGACUUCCAUUAAAUAUUCCUCAUUCAGUGCUCAGCUGUGGGAGUGAUUGGGUGAUCGGUCUGAGAAUCCCAGCACUUGAGAUAAUCAUGCGUACCUUUGUGUUAAGAAUACUUAAGAAUUUAUUUAAUUUUUUGAACGUAUGAAAAAAAAUCCCCGUGCCCCAUUUUUUCCAAAUUGGUAAAUAAACGUGUGUUUAACUUUUCCAAAAUUUAUUCUAUCAUCUCGAGGCAAAGGGAGCUCCCAAAAAUGUUUGCCCAAGUGUUAAAUAGUGCUGUUUUUAAUUUAUUACUUGUGGUAUUGUUCACGACAACGGAUGCGAGAGUUUUCCCAACACCGUCAGACACAACAGAAGAUAGUAAUCACUGGUUGAGACUGUCCGAGAAUCAUUUGCGUCGCAAAUUGUCCAGUAGUGGUAAUCAGUAUGAAAAUCUAGCUAAAAAUGUGAUAAUCUUCGUGGGAGAUGGGAUGGGAAUGCCAACAAUAACAGCAGGAAGAAUUUACAAGGGGCAGAGGACCUCACAGUAUUCUGGAGAAGAGACUGAACUAGUAUUUGAUAUGUUCCCAAAUGUUGGACUGGCAAAGACUUACAAUACAGAUAAGCAAGUCCCAGACUCUGCUGGAACAGCUACAUCACUCUUCACCGGUAUCAAGACACGCUAUGGAUACAUUGGAGUUAAUAGUUCAUCCAGCUAUGCAAAUCCUUUCUCCGGGAAGCUAUCAUCCAUCAUGGAUUGGGCACAGGCGAGUGGGAAGAGAACAGGUUUUGUGACUACCACAAGAGUAACUCAUGCCACUCCUGCCGCCCUCUAUGCCCACUCCCCCAACAGGGAUUGGGAAUGUGAUUCUGCCAUUCCGGAUGGAGUCACUAGUGCCGCCUUCAAAGACAUUGCACGGCAACUCGUUGAGGAUUCUCCCGGAAGAAGACUCAAUGUCAUUCUGGGUGGUGGCCGUGAGAUGAUGGGCAUGAAGGAGAAGAUGUAUGAUGUUAGCCACAUUAAGAUGAAUGGGAGUUUUGAACAACUAUGUCCAAGAACAGACGGACGUAAUUUAGUCGAGGAAUGGCUCAAGGAUAACAGUAAGAAAUCUCAAAAAUUUGUACAAAAUACUGGACAAUUGCUCGCUGUGGACACUGAGAAAGUGGACUACCUCAUGGGACUCUUUGCCCAAAAUCACAUUCCCUACAAUUUAGUGCGAGAAAAGGGAGCAGCAGGACCUCCAUCCUUAGCACAAAUGACUGCUCAAGCCAUUAAGGUUCUCCAGAGACCACAUUCGGGAUUUGUCCUGAUGGUUGAGGGCGGAAGGAUAGAUCAUGGACAUCAUCAGAACUACGCCCAUAUAGCACUGGAAGAAUUUAUCGAAUUUGAAAAAGCCGUUGAAACAGCUAAAAAUCUCACAAAUCCCAAAGAUACUCUUAUAAUUGUGACUGCAGAUCAUUCGCACGCAAUGGUCUUCAACGGUUACGCAACAAGAGGUAAUGAUAUUCUGGAAUUCGGCAAUAAAGCUCAGGUGGAGCCAUACGAAACCCUGACCUAUGCCAAUGGUCCGGGUUUUCUCUAUCAUCGGCUCAACAAGUCGGAAGAGGACCAGGGGAAGUCGAGCACUUGGAUGCGCGUUGAAACAAUCUCGAGCACUGAAAGGGAGGAUGCUUUCUACAGACAUUUGUCUACAUUUCCACUUGGUGAUGCCACCCAUGGUGGCGAGGAUGUUCCUGUCUAUGCCACAGGUCCAGGAAGUCACCUAAUCUACGGUGUUUUUGAGCAAAAUUACAUCGCCCACGUUGUGGGAUUUGCCACAUGCAUGGGACCAACUAAACAUCUCAAUGAGGAUUGCCAUAAAUUCAAAUUAUUCUUCCAGCCCAGCAAAGCUCCGAGCUUUUCCACCACGACGUUCUUAAGUCUGAGUCUCACAUCUCUAGCCAUAAUGCUGAGUUAUCGUUGGUUGUAACAUAAACAGUUCUGGUAAUUGCUAAAACCAUUGAAGCAAACAGUGAGUGAAAAUGGGUGAUUUUCUCUUCGAAAAAAAACCAUUCCUUUUAUGAAAAAUUAAAAUGUUUACAAUAAUGCCUUUUACACAUAUUAUAAUUUAAUGUUGUUAUGUAGAAGUUAUACCAACAAUAAAAUUAACCAUUAUUCCUAAUUUAUGAACCUCAAAAUUUAAAUUUGUAUAUUUACUAUUAGAGGUUUAUUUUCUUUGCAAAUUUAACUAUAUAUGUAACGUCUUUAAAGUGUUUAAAUAUUGACACGAGAAUUUGGGAAAAUUUAUAUAUAAGCCUUACAAAUAUCAAAUAAGUUACAUAAUUCAAUUUAAUGUCUCCUCUAUUUAUAUAGGAUUUAGCAUAUAUUUACCUACAAUAUUAUAGGUUUUACCUAUCGCCUUCAUGUCUCUUACCUAAAUAUAUCUUUUUUUUAAGUAUUUAUUACCCUCAAGUAUUAUUUCGACAAUAAAUCGUUAUCAAUUGUAUUUAUUUGGGAAGAAAAAAAAGCACAAAAAUAAAUUCAAAAAUAAUUUUUCAAUCAACAACAAGCUUGUAAAAAUUAUAUAUUUCUUUGUAGAAUAAAAAAAUGCAAAUUAAACUGAAACUCAUUAAAA